CGGAAAGCAUGUCUAGGUAUUUCAUUGUUUUGUGGUUGUUUUGUGGUGUGAACGCGAUUACUAACAUGGGUAUCAAAUUAAUCAUCUUACUCGGGUUACUUCUUGGAGUUUUGUACUCCAUCCACCUUUUAGUCCAGGAUUAUCAAGCACUGACAGCGGCAGCAAAGUUUCUACGCUUCUUGUAUAAACGCGACGUCACUUCACAAACGCACGUGAAACCAAGUGUAAGAUGGAAAAGAAUACUGUUUUAUGACCCGAUACAAUGCGCUCGCUACUUCUAUUGUGAGCUAGGGGCGCGGCCGCCGAACAAUGAACUGGUUCGCGGCUUCAUCUACAUGCUUACAUUAGAACCGAAGGCUGAAGAUGAAUCGGCGCAUGGUGUGUUCAAGAAAGCUUACAACCAAGGAAGGAACGCAGGAUCAAUAAAUUGCAGCAAAGACUAUCAUUUAUGCCCCUUCAGCGCAUCUUUACUCCUACAACUGACAGAGUAUUUGCUGAAAAAUAGUAACAACAUAUAAAUUUUAGAAAGUAACAUUGGCCUUCCUUU